CUUUUUGCAGUUAACCGUAAUGGCAACUCAAAUUAUGCCGGGAAGAGGAGCAUGGUAGUAGUUUAUAAACUUUGUUUAUAUAUAAAUUGUUUAUACGUUUUGUAAUGGCUUCUGAUAACGUUGUACUAAAUUUAAGUGAUAAUACACUCUGGGCACCCUACAAAGGACUUUUUAAUACCAUCUAUAGUGCUAUUGCUCAGAAAGAUCCUGGUGCUUGCCAGGAAAUAGAAGUAGUGUUAAAAAGACACAAGCCAGAUUUCAUAUGCCUUUUAAAAAAUCCUCCUUGCAGCCCUAUCCACAGAGAUGCAAUUAAAAAGGCUUCCACUACUGGAAUUGCUGUUACUGGGCAAGCAGGACUUCAGAUUUUGCCUCAGUCACUUAUUGAUGAAGCACUUAUUAUCAGUGAUAUGUUUGAUUUAAAUGAAUUAACUUCCCUUGAGCUUUUAAUAGCAGGUCAACAGCAGCAACCACGCUUUCCUGGCUUAACUCGGGGAUUGGUGGCUAUGCUGUUGUACUAUGAUGGUAGAAGAAACUUGGUCAAUGCUUUACAACUUCUUGUGCAGGCACGAGAAGGUCGAACUUGGACAUUGGGUAUUACUUCUGAGUUAAUGUCCAUCAUUAUGAAAUAUACUAAUCAACUUAAAGAAGGUGGAAUUAUAAUGAAAGUUAUAGACCUUAUUGAAAAGACUGACAUAACUGACGAAUUGGAAUUGUUACAUCGAAACCGUGCUUUGGGAGGGCCGAGAUACAGAAAGCAAGUUACAGAUUUGAUAACAGAAAUCAAACAAACUCUUGCUGAAAUAAUAUUUGGCUGGGCAUGUCAAGGCUUCUUUACCCGGGAAGAAGUAUUACGCCUUCUUUCGUACCUAUCCAAACAAGCUAGUAUAUCCAGUGAUGGCAGUCUAGAUGAAGCUACUCUGACUACUGCUGUUGCAUUUUUGUACGUUAUAGAUGUCAGCAUUUUGCAAACAUGUGAUGAGAUGGAUUACUAA